AUGCAGACUUGCGCGCCCUCUGGGACGGCUAUUCAGUCGAACAUCGACGCCAUGCCAUUCUGGAACGACAUAUUUGAAUCUGCGAUGGUAGCUUUCGUAAAGCAAAGUGCUGAGCCAAAAGAGCUCAAAGACUCCAAAAUUAAGAUUAGGGAUGCAAACAGCUGGGGCGAAGUACAAAUCUGUCUCCAAACUGCCCAGGAUGCCUACAUUCAAGCGACUGGUGUGAGAGGAUGGAUAAGAAAAUCGCGACGUGUAGUCGCCGACAAUAGCCAGCUCGCUGUACAGGGGUGGAAGUGGGUCCCCAACGUGGAAGUGACCUCCCCCGUUGUGAAUGUCGUGCAGAGCCUUUUGGAGGCUAUUCGAAACGCAGCGAAUGUGCGAAAAGAGAUCUUGGUUGGAUUUGACGGCCUUGAGGAGACCUUUACCGAGAUUGACUUUGUCUUCAGCAUGUUCCCAAAAGAUACUAACGUCAGGGAUGCUGGAAUUGGGCUGGUAGCUACUAUGUUAGACACCGUGGAAAAAGUCAUUGGCUUUUACAAGAAAGGCAUUGUGAGAAAAAUGAGUUCAGCCUUGUUUCAAGGCGACGAAUAUCAAGAGAAGAUUCUUCAGGGCCUUCAGAACAUCAAAAUCAUGAGCGAAAAGCUAUCACAUCAGGGAAAAAACUCUCAUAUGUUCCGCUCACGCCAGGACGAUGCAAGGGUAGACAAAGUAGGGAAAGUGUUGCUGGAGGAGACAAGAACAACUUACACCAGCGUUUCCAACAUUGAGAAUAUGGUUGUACAAGUGAAGGAAAGUCAAGAGAGUGGUGUGGUGAUGUUGAACAACAUCUUCCACUUACUCGACGAAGCCGACAAAGCAAGGAAAGAGAAUACUGAACUGAGAAGGAGGCAGGAGCUGCUGGAGCAAAAAGUGCAACGAGCCGUAACGCCGGUGUUAGUAUCCACCAUGGGCGUAUCGCACAGCUUUACGCCUCCGAUAUCUCCAGAGAUUCUUUGGAAACUUAUGGACGUAUCAGAAAUCGAGACCGUCGAUAUUGAAACCGUUGAGCUCAAACGAGAGAGCAUAUCCUCAGUCGACCACGGUCGAUUCGAGCAGGUCGUCAAUAUGAACCGCUUCAAACGUUGGAUCGUAAAUCCCCACUCGGAUACUCUGCUUUUGCAAGAUAGUUGCAGAGCUGUAGGCGGAGUAACAGCUUCGUCGGCCUUCUGUUCAACAGUGUUCCAGGCACUCAGACAGAGGCAAAGCCUUUGUCCGCUUGUCUUCUUCUGUGGCCUGCACGAUGACGAAGACACCAAUUACGGCGGAACUGUGCUUCUCAGAAGUUUUAUUGCUCAGCUCCUCUGUCGGCAACCGUUCAACACUAAUUCCGUCCAACGCCACGUACACUUGGAGAGCGUACAACAAGGAGAUAUUGCCGCUCUACUACGGCUGUUUUCUUGGUUGAUGCAUCAGAUCGCUGAAGAUGUGACAGUUGUAUGUAUCAUCGACAAUAUUGGUUACUACGAGCGCGAUGCAACAGUCGAAGAUACUGUUGAAGUUGUCGCGAGCAUUUCGCGGUUGAUUAACGAAACCGCACUUCGAGCGGCGACCAAAUUACUUGCAACGAGCAACACGCCCGUAAGAGAGACACGGCCGUUCUUCAGGGAUGAUUCGGUCAUAAAUCUUUCAGCUGUGACGGACUUUGAAGGAUCCAGUAAAUUCAGGAUGCAGCGGCAGUUGCACAACGAGCUAGACGAGGACAGUGUCUGA